AUGCUCCGACGCCCUCUCGCGCACUGGGUUCUCGCGGCCGCGGCCAUAGCGCGCGCGCUCGUAGCCGCCACCUCGGUCCCCGAGAGCAACACAGCAGAGCCUGCGUCCCGCUGGCGCCAUCUCGCCCUCUACACCCGAGACACCUUCGUCGUAGAUGCCCAAGGAAACCCCUUCUUCUGGCAGGGAGACACGGCAUGGGAGCUCUUCCACCGUCUCAACCGGUCCGAAGUCGUCCACUACCUCGACGACCGCAAAGCCAAGGGAUUCAACGUGAUCAUGACCGUCGCCAUCCCGGAACUCAACGUGACGGCGCCGAAUAGAUACGGCGAACUUCCGCUCGUCGACCUCGACCCGACGAAGCCGAACCCGGAGUACUUUGCAAACGUCGACUGGUGCAUCGACCGCGCGACGGAACGCGGGAUGCGCGUCGCCAUCGCACGUUUGUUCCGCUUCCGCUUCUCCUCCUCCCUCCCUCGACUCGACACACUGACCUGCCCCACAGGCUGGCACGGGCCCCCAAUCCUCUUCAACGCCACCAACGCAGCCGUCUACGGAGAGUGGUUCGGCCGGCGCUACGCCGGCUUGCCUAAGAUCGUCGGUGCAGACUCGGACCGCUGGUGGCCGACGAACAUCACGGCCUACAACGUCGCGCGCGCGAAAAACGCGGGGCAGGCGACGGACGUCGGCGGCAUCGGGCGGCUGCCGUUCGCGGACACGGGCGACGUCUGGGAGGCCCUG